GGGAGCGGCAGCAGCACGGAGACAAACGGAGUCGCUGUCAACGAGAAAGCAACCAUGAUGAGAGUCCUGCUGAUGAUCACCAGUCUGCUUCUGACAGGCGUGUGGUGCAGCGAAGAUUCAGUGUUUGUGUACAGCAGAGUUGGAGGUGACGCCCUCCUGCCUUGCAGCAACCCGGUUCCCUCAAACUGCUCCCUCAUCUCCUGGACCUUAUACGAGGGCUCUCAGGUGACCUACACCCACGAGGUCAUCAAGGGCCAGGUGAACAACAACUCCGACAAGAGCGGCCGCUUGUCCAUCACAGCCAACUGCUCUCUGCACUUCCAUGACCUCAGGGUUGAUGACGUCGGCUCGUACAUCUGCUUCGAGGGUGCAAAACCCAUCAGCAACGUUUACCUCUCUCUCCUCACUAUCUCUGCACUUUCCAGUAUCGCAGACCUGCAGCCUGGAGGAAGCCUCAUCCUGAGCUGCAUCCUGUUUUCUUUCUAUGAUACUGGGACCUGUCAGCCGUACUCCAACGACUUCAGCCUCAGCUGGGUGACUGCGGACGGUGCUGUGCUGCCCAGAGAGAGCAGGUUCGAGCUGAUCAGCCGCACACGUUGCAACAGCACUCUGGUCACAAAACUCUUGGUGGAAGACAACCACAGGAAGUGGCGAUGUCAGCUAAACGCCACACGAAACAGCAGGGCGGUGUUUCAGGAUUUCACGUCCAGCUUCCUGUUCCAAAAUCCGUCCACAGACCAAGAAGUGACUCCGUCAUCGCUCACGGUUUGUUCAGAGCGGCAGCACGUCAGCCACAUUGUGCUCUGUGUGGCUCUGCCGCUCAUGGUGAUCACAGUGGGAUUCUUCACGUGGAGAGGAGGCCGUCACAGAACCAAAACAUCUGCAGCUGAAAUCCAGAUGCAGCAAAUAAGCUGACUGCUGACCACUGUACCACAUGGUUUAUUUUAUCAGGCAUUUCACACAGAAACUGAA